UUAUUUAUGAAAUACAGUUAGUUACAAUCUGAUCGGACAUGUAAGACCAUGUUAUCCCAGAUAUAUAAAAAAAAUCUAUUAUUGUAAUCACGUGGUUUUAAUGUUGAACUCGGUGGUGUUAACCCUGGUGAUUUUAUUUAUCACGUAAAUACAAAUUCAAUUCAACAGGACUAAAUAGAGGCAUUUAAGAAUCUCCCUGUAUAACUUCAUAUACUGCAGACGACACUGAAUUAUGGAAGGAGAGAAUCAAGAGAGUGAAAAUGAGCACAAAGAAAAAUCUAUUGAAGAAGAAAACAUUAUCACCAAAGAUAAAGUUGAAGAAAAGGCAAUAGAAAACCAUUUAGAAGUAGAAAUUGACAAAGAAAAAGAAUCCAUUGGUGUUUCAGAAAGUGUUAAAAACAGUGAGCAGAUGAUAACCGAAGAAGUAAAGAAUGUCUCGUCUGAAGUGGAAUUGCCAAAAAAUGAAUCUUUGUCUGUCAUCUCAACCUACAGUGGAGAUGAAGAUACUGAGAGCGAUGACAAUAGAACUGAAACAGUUAUGACAAAGCCUAUUGGUGACAUCAGUGAUCCAGUCGUUAGUGACAAAGUUCCAAUUGUUAAAAGUCAAAAAUCUGGAUUUUCCAAACCCCAGUCUUCCUCUUCUUCCUCAUCAGAAACUUCUGAAGAUUCAUCUAGUUCGGAUGAUGAAAAUACAUCGUGUGAUUUCUCUGACUCUGAAGUAAUAACUCAAAAUCGCUUGGGACCUAAUAAAAAACCUCCAAUGAAAAAAGAUCCUUUGGAAUUGGACAAUUUACCGCCUAUAGAAAACCUUCAAAUUUCUGUUAAAGAGGAAGAAUGUAUGCCAAUCGGAAAGGUCUUUUCUAUCGUCGACAGAUUGUUGGUUAUUGAAUCAUUUGCGGACACGCCAGCACUGAUGCUUGAUACAAUUUUGUUCAAUCGUGACGGUCAACCGUUAGGUCAAAUUUAUGACGUCUUCGGCCAUAUCAAAAAGCCUUUUUACAGCGUAAGAUUCAACAAAAAUGAAGAUAUUGUGAACGCCGGCCUUGAAGUCGAAAAGGUUAUUUAUUGUGCGCCAAAAACAGAACAUACAAAAUAUAUUUUCACCAGCCAGCUUUUAAAGGAAAAGGGUAGUGACGCUUCGUGGAUUAACAAUGAGGAGCCUCCUCCACAAUGCCUAGAUUAUUCUGAUGAUGAACAGGAAAGAAAGGCUAAACAAAAAUUCAACAAUAAAAAGAAAAAUGAUGAUGAUGAUGAUGAAGUAAUAUUGGUAAAAGUUGAGCAAGGUGAUUCACCAGCUAGGAAGAGGUAUCUCUCUUUUGAAGAACAGAUGAAUAGAAAUAAUACUUUAAGGACCAAAGCCUACAAGAGAGCAGCAUCUUCAAAUGAAAAAACUUGGGAUGGUGGAUGGCACAAUUACAAAAGAAAUUUUGGUAGCGGGACAGCGCCUUUACCUGAUAGAAAUAGGGAAUAUUCUUUUGUAAGAGGAGCAACAUAUAGAGCCUCACCUCCUGGAAAUCAUCAGUGGCUUAACCAACAGUUUUCCCAACAGCCGAACCAGCCGAGAAUGAGAUCUCAGCCGUUAUUCCAAUUUGGAGGAAAUCCUUCAUUCACCCAGCCACCAAUGGGUCAGAAUUUCCCUAGAGUCGGAUACAGGUCACAGGGGCUUCAAGGAACUUGCUCACUGGGCCCCCCUCCUCAAGGUUUCCAAUCUAGGCAAUCUCCUCCGCAAAUGUUUCCGCAGGCGCUUGCGUCUCAAAGUUACGGACCGGUAAAUACUUAUCCAUUAAACCCCGGGUCACAAACCCAUCAGCAGAAUUUUCAAGCUUCCCAUUCCAGCCAAGGGUUCUCGCCUAUGAGCCAAGUUUUACCUUCACAGCCUGUAUUUAGAGGUGGUGGGCCCACUUCCUCUAUAAGACCGCAACAGUUCCCACCUUUCCCACAACAAAAUUACCAACCACCACAGUUUCAAAAUACAUCUGUUCAAUCUUUCCAAUCGACUAACCAAAGUCCAAAAGUGCCAAGUUUUCAAAACAUGGGGCCUAACGGACACCCUACUCAAGCUUAUCAAUCAAGUUUACUUCAAUCAACCGAUAAUCAGGGUCAAGCAUCUUUUCAACCUCCUUCCCAUCCGAAUAACAACGCCUCGAACUUUACCCAGAAUCAGUCACAGCAGGUUCCUCCUCACUGCAAAUGUUUCCAAUCUAAUCACAGACCACCACCAAUUCAAAAUCAAGGGAGCAGCGUACAACAUUACCAACCGAGAAUCCCUUUUAUUCCUGGAUUUGUUUCAAGUCCUCCUCCUCCGCCAUUGCAAUUCCGGCCAAACAGUGGUUCUUUUAAUGUAACUUCCCCUCCACCUCCGCCAUUUUCUUCUUUCCCGCCACGACAACAAUUCCCUGUCCAGUUCCAAUUCAUGGGAAAUGGAUCUCCACCUUUUAGGAAUUCUUCUCCCAAUUUCCGAAAUGCCCCUCUUCCUCCUCCACCUUGAUCUCAUCAAGUUUACUGACUGUCAGUUUGUACCUAUUGUUUUCACUGUGAUCGCUUUUAAUGCGCUUCUGUAUCAUGUUAACCACUAAAUCUUUGAUAUUUAGAAAAGGUUUAUGUAUGAUGGCUAGAAAUAUUUGGCUGCAAUUACAUCGGUUAGGUAAGUUUUAUGUAGCUAUAAAUUUUAUUUUUAUUACAUGUAUUUAUUAAUAAUUUAAUAAUGACGUAACAGCAUUAUUGUUAUUUGUAU